AUGUCUCGACUAAUACUUCAACAUCAAGUUAAAUUGAUAUAUCCUAAAAUACGGCCAACUUAUAGCUGCUUCACUCAUCGACCAUUUAGCUCAUCAUCAAUUACAUACAUCCAAAACCCAUUUAAAACAAGAUCAUUUAAAUCAAAUGAUGAUAGUGUUGAAUCAGAUACUUUAAUAAGUGAUAAUAAUCCAUGGUCACCAACUUUAGAAGAUGAUCCAGUAUAUGUACAAGAAAGAGAUAAAUUUUUUAAAACUCAAUUACCAAAUAAAUAUAGAUUAGGUUAUAAUCCAAUUUAUGAAGCUCCAGCAUCAAAAUAUGUGUCAAUGUUAAAAAGAUUAACUUUAAGUUUUUCAGUUAUUGGAAUAUAUGGAUCUAAAUUAUUAUUUGAAAGUUCUCAAUUUGAUGAUUCUUUUGCUUAUGCCCUUUUGGCUGGAGUAUUUAUACCAGUUAUAUUAGUUCAAUAUAAAUCAAGAGAUUAUGUUACAAGAAUUUUUAGAUUAUAUAAUAAAGAAUUACCACAAACCUUAAAUAAUUUAACAAAUGAUGAAAAUUUAAUUAUUGAAAAAUUGGGUUUUAGUGGUGGUAAAACUUAUAAUGAAUUACUCAAGAUAUCAAAUAAUCCUGAUCUUAAAUUAUCACCACCUUCAAAAUUUUAUAAACCUUAUACUACUUGGGAAGAAAAAAAUCCAAUAAAUGGUAUAAAAAGAGAAUUUUAUAUUAUUGAUAAUAUUGGUGGUAUAAAGAUGGAUAGAUUAUGGGGAAUUGUUGAAAAAAAUUCAAAUGUGAAUAAUGGUAGAUCAGAAUUAUUAUAG